ACAUACAUCAUUUCAGCCCAACCUACAGCUGCUACCACAGGGAUGGAGACUACAGCAUUGCGGGAAUAACUGACUGCAUGCCGAGUCCUUUCUUGCAAGAGACAAACUCGGCUGACGGAGUUUUUCUUUGUUGUUGUUAAUAAUGCGUAGAAGGGGCUCAGUCCUGCAGCUGUGACUGGGUUAAAAGCUGUCAACCUUGGAGAGGGAGGUCGGUGUGGACAGCCAGAACUCGGAACCGGCUGCUUCUGCAGAGCGAACCGGAUCUCACGUCCAACCUGGAGACAUUUUUUGCUGCAUUCACGAUGAUCUGAGCGUGACUUCUGGGCGCGAGUAGAGGCAUCCCUCCUCUCUCUCUCUCUCUCUCUCUCUCUCUCUCUCUCUCUCUCUCUCUCUCUUUUAUUUUGUCCCCUCUUUCUCUCCCGCCUCCUCUUCUCUGUCUCUCCUUUCUUUUAGUGGGUUCAGCACAGGCUGCCCAGUCAGUUAGCCCCUUUUUUCAGCGCCGGGAAGGCUGAUAGCGAUGGGACGACUCGGUUUCAGCACCACGGAGAGCGCCCGACUUCUGUUUGGUGUGCUGGCGCUGUCCGUGGUGCUGGCGGAGCAGGAAGGGGAGAACCUGUCCGGUCUGUCUAACAACCCAGACAAAGCCAUCUUCGCGGUCCGGGAGAACGGCACGACAUGUCUGAUGGUGGAGUUCGCCGUGAAAUUCCUCGUGCCAUAUGACGUGAUCGCUCUCAACGGGAUAGACCUCAUCACCGAGCAGGCGUCGUUCACUCUGCCCCGUGGUGCAGAAAUCGAGGGGAAAUGUGGGAGCACGGAGUCAGAGAUCCACAUCACCUGGAAGAACAACGCAUACACUCUCCGCAUCUACUUCUCUAAGGAGUUCCGUGACAAGGGCACUGAGGUGUGGAAGAUUAGCAAGGUCCAGUUCGUCUACGACACCUCGGAGACAUCCCAUUUCAUCAACGCGUACAACCCUGGGAAACACACAGCCAGCACCCACCGCCUAUCGGCCCUGGUGACCCCCGCUGGGCACUCCUUUGUGUGCCAAGCGCAGCAGACUCUCACCCUCAUCUCAAGCGACCACCAGAAGGGUAUCACUGUCUCCUUGUAUGAUAUCCAGAUCCAGCCCUUCGAUAUCGCCUCUGACUUCAUGUUCAGUGAACCCUACAAGUGCAUCACCGACCAGCGGGAACGCCUGGAGGAGACCCUCCCCCUUAUACUGGGCUUCAUUUUGGCCCUCAUAAUUGUCAUCACACUCACCAUCUACCACUUCCACCUGAAACUGACAGCGACCCAGCCCCAACUCCCCAGAGAUCGCUCCAUGUACAAGAACAUGUAGUCAGCAGCAGCACCACGGCGGCUCCCCUCAGCUCUCUCCAAAGCUAACCUGAUAAAAGACUUGUCUCCUUGAUGUCCCAGGCCUAACACCACAGAGGAAAGGUCCCCUACGAUGGACUGAAUCCCUGACAGAGAAAUGUGUGUAGCCUGUACUUUAGGCCCACUGGAACCACUGGAAGUUAAUGGGACAGCUCGGGGCCUAGCAUGGAUGUAGUUGGAGGGUAAACCCACCAAAAUCUAAUUUACCCGGCUGCUGAAUUGAAUCUUAAUGCCAUUAAUUCAUAGUCUGUAUUACAGUAAUUAGAAUUUUAAUUAAAAUAAAAACACAUUUAUGCUUUUAUGAAAAUAUAAUUGAUUUUUGUUCAGAUGGUUGGUGGUUGUCAUCUGAAAAUCUCCCACCUGAGGUUACAGCUUACUGAUUCUUUUUCCUUAACAUCACUGGGAUUUAGUUUAUUACCUCAUCCAUUUUUAGUCAGCUUCUCUUUCAGAAAAAUUUCCAGAGCUUCUGCUGUCAUUAGCCAACUGUUUGUUUUCUUCUCCUGUCUUUCUCUCACUGAAACUGCUGCUAAAUGAUUUCAAUACCUAUUGUUGGUUCUGUACUUGCUAACCUUGAUAUCUUUUUUGUUCAAGAGUCCCUUUUAUUUUAUUUUUUGAAUGCAGCCAUAGUGUUUCACAGUGGACAAGUCUUGUAGUGUGUGCAGUGCAGUGGCAUUCAGAGUCGCGAUGUUUUUGCUUUGACUUCGACAAAUCUUUUCUCCACACUAAUGUAUGGAACAUAUCAAAAAAAAGGAAGCAAGAAAUGCAUAAAUGUCUGACAGAAAUUCUAUACUAAAUAGUGAAGAAUUUAUCAGAAUGCCAUAUGAGAGUGAUUAUGAAAAUGGAGAGAGGUUAUUAAAUAAAAAAAAAUAAUAAUAUGUGUAUAAUAUUUUCAGAAUCAAAGUCUAUGCAUAAACCUCUGCUGAUGCAAUUUUGUGCAGUAUUCUUCUGUUCAUUGAAAUAAAUUGCUGGAAUCAUCUCUA